GUUUUUUCUUUGUUGUUGAAGAUGUUAGAUAUGAUAAUUGCGCGAAUUGGGAUUGCUGCGGUGAUUGCAAAUGUGAUAUUAUGCACAGUUGCAAUUAUGGUCAUUCUUGUGACCAUAAGAAUGGUUCGGAAAGAAGGGAUCACAAAACUAAAUAAUAUCGCAACAAUCCUACCUACAGCUCUGGAUAGUAUUAGCUAUUCCGAAAUUUCCGUCCAUAUUAUAGCAGCAAUUGCAACGUGCAUGAAAAUACCACUAAAUGAGAUUAUCAAGGAAUAUGAGGAAGCCAGUGUUAAACGACGAUUUAUUGCUUUGGAAACAUUUCAUAGUGAUUCACUCACUUGGAAAUUGAUUUGGAAAUUUCCAUCAAAAUUUGUCACUUAUGGAUACAUCGGCGAGGAGCUUAUCAUCAAAGAAACACAAACGCAUUGA